UGUGUGUGUGUGUGUGUGUAUAUGAGUGUGUGUAUGUAAAUUAGUGUGUGUGAGAGUGUGUGCUGGAGGUUCCGUGUUUUCUCCCCCUGAGCUGCUCUGAGGGGGUUUAUAGAGGUGAAUACAGGACUCAGUGAGUGAGUGAGAGGCUGGGUGAGUGAGAGCGGGGGGCCGGGAGUUUACCGCGGGCUCUGCGGGGACAUGGCUGCUGCUGUCCGGCUGCACUAGCGGCGCCUCUCCCGGGGAGCCGCUGCGGACUGAACCGAGCGGAGCUGAGGAUGGAGCGGAGCUGAUGGUGUCCGGAGCCGCGGCCUGCCCCAACACCCCCACCGCCAUGGAGAUACAGCCCCUAUGCACUAAACUUUGCCACCAUAAAGCUGUGGAGCUGAAGGACGAUGUGUGUGAGAAGCAGAGUGCAGUCACCAUUAACCCGCGGCACAUGAGGAAGGCCUUCAGGAUCAUGAACGAACUGCGCAGUCAAAGUGUGUUGUGUGACGUGACCAUCGUUGCAGAGGAUGUAGAGAUCGCAGCACACAGAGUUGUUCUGGCUGCUGGGAGCCCCUAUUUCCAUGCCAUGUUUACAGGAGAGAUGAGCGAGAGCAGACAGAAGAAGGUGAGGAUAAAGGAGAUAGACGGAUGGACUCUAGGGAUGCUGAUCGACUAUGUUUACACUGCCGAGAUACAGGUCACUGAGGAGAACGUACAGGUGCUGUUGCCUGCUGCUGGUCUGCUGCAGCUUCAGGAGGUGAAGAGAGCAUGCUGUGAGUUUCUGUCCACACAGCUCCACCCCACCAACUGCCUCGGCAUCCGCGCCUUCGCCGACCUCCACGCCUGCUCCGACCUCCUCAACCUCGCCAACACUUACGCAGAGCAGCACUUUUCGGAGGUGGUGCAGUGCGAGGAGUUCCUCAACCUGGGAAUGGAUCAGGUGUGCAGCCUCAUCGCUAGUGACAAGCUCACGAUAACAUCUGAGGAGAAGGUGUUCGAGGCGGUCAUCGCCUGGGUCAAGCACGAUAAGGACGUGCGACAAGAACAUAUGGCCCAUCUGAUGGAACACGUGCGCCUGCCUCUGCUCUCCAGGGAGUAUCUCGUACAGAGGGUAGAAGAGGAAUCGUUGGUAAAGAACAGCAGUGCCUGUAAAGACUACCUGAUUGAAGCCAUGAAAUACCACUUGCUGCCAGCAGAACAGCGCUCCACGAUGAAGACCGUCCGCACCAGGGUGCGCACACCCAUCAGCUACCCGAAGGUGAUGGUGGUUGUAGGGGGGCAGGCUCCCAAAGCCAUCCGCAGUGUGGAGUGUUAUGACUUUGAAGAAGAGCGAUGGUUCCAGGUGGCCGAAUUACCAUCCAGACGAUGUCGAGCAGGUGUGGUGUACAUGGGUGGUGUAGUGUAUGCUGUAGGGGGGUUUAACGGCUCUCUGCGGGUGAGGACGGUGGAUGCGUACGACCCUGUAAAGGACGAGUGGUGCUGCGUGAGCAGCAUGCAGGACCGCAGGUCAACACUAGGGGCCUCCGUUCUGAACGGGCUGCUCUACGCCGUGGGCGGAUUUGACGGUAGCACAGGUUUGGCUACAGUGGAAGCGUACAACGCCAAGACCAACGAAUGGUUCCAUGUAGCUCCCAUGAACACACGGCGCAGCAGCGUGGGAGUGGGCGUAGUUGCAGGUAUACUGUACGCUGUUGGAGGAUAUGACGGAGCGACGCGUCAGUGUUUGAGUACUGUGGAGGCGUAUAACCCCAACUCCAAUGAGUGGACGUACAUAGCGGAGAUGGGCACCCGCCGCAGUGGAGCAGGUGUGGGGGUACUGAAAGGCCUGCUGUACGCCAUGGGAGGACACGACGGCCCAUUGGUCAGGAAGAGCUGUGAGGUGUAUGACCCCGCCUCCAACACGUGGAAGCAGGUGGCCGAUAUGAACAUGUGCCGUCGGAAUGCAGGUGUGUGUGCGGUCAGUAAUCUACUGUAUGUGAUCGGGGGGGAUGACGGCUCGUGUAACCUGGCGUCGGUGGAGUUCUAUAACCCCAGCACGGAUAAGUGGACCAUAUUACCCAGCUGCAUGAGCACGGGGCGCAGCUACGCAGGUGUGACGGUCAUCGACAAACCUCUCUGAUUGGUCGGAGCUGAACCCUGUUGCUGACGAAGCUGAGAAGCUGACGUGAUGCUGAAGAGUGUCUCGCACUGAAGCUGUUGACGAGGCUGAAGCUUCGCCCUGAAGCUGCUUCACCCAUGGAGAUGGCCUGAAGAACACUACUCUCUCUCUCUUUCUCUCUCUCUUUCUUUCUAUCUCUCUCUUUCUGUCUAUCUCUCUCUAAAUCCUCCCCCCCAAACUAUCCCUAACUUCCUUCACAAAUUUACUGACAUUGAGACCCUUCCCAAACAUUGUCCCCCUCUCUCUUUCUUUCUUUCUUUCUUUCUUUCUUUCUUUCUCUCCUCCCCUCCCUCUUCUCUUCUCUUCUCUUCUCUUCUAUUCUUUAUUUGAGAGUAGUUUUAACAGUAUGAUGAAGAUUUUGCACUUUUGCAGUGGGAGUACUAACCAAGCUGGGUGGUUCGAAACCCUGAUCGGACCGGAUCAGACCAGACGUAUUGAAUGCAUCGUGAAACACUUGUGUAACGUUCUCCAGUCUGAUCAAAUGUUGGGUUGUGUUUGGUUGGGUUGAGUUGGGUUGGGUUUGGUUUACGGUUUGGUGGUCAAUCUGUACGAUGACUGGAUGAUGAAUGAACCAAUGAACAAUGAACCACUUGGUGGACUUUUAUUAAUUGAUGGACUUGAUUGAUGGACUGUGAACGGUCCAGCACUUUUUGUCGCCUUUCUGAAGCUCGGAAACUCUGGAACUCGGCAGCUUGUGGAAGCUCUGGAAGCUUGUGGAAGCUCUGGAACUCUGGAUCUCUGGAACUCUUAAGAGUCUUAAGCUUUUUUUUAAAUGAAGACAAUUUAAUAGGAGAACCGAAGAAUUUGGAUUUUAGUGCUUAGAAACGAGUGGCGCUCACCUACGAAGCGACCGCAGCUCCGAAGCCUAGAAAUCGAUUGAAGAGAUUGAAGAGAUUGAAGAGAUUGAAGAGAUUGAAUCGACUGGAAAGACUGAAAAGACUGAAAAGACUGAAUCAAUUGAAGAGAUUGAAGAGAUUGAAGAGAUUGAAGAGAUUGAAGCGAUUGAAGCGAUUGAAGAGAUGGAAUCAGUUGAAGAGAUGGAAUCAGUUGAAGAGAUGGAAUCAGUUGAAGAGAUGGAAUCAGUUGAAGAGAUGGAAUCAGUUGAAGAGAUGGAAUCAGUUGAAGAGAUUGAAGCGAUUGAAUCAAUUGAAGAGAUGGAAUCAAUUGAAGAGAUUGAAUCAAUUGAAGAGAUUGAAUCAAUUGAAGAGAUUGAAGCAAUUGAAGAGAUUGAAAAUACUGAAUCGAUUGAAGAGAUUGAAGCGAGUUCGGAGCUCGGAGGAGGAAGAGCCUUGCACAUUUCCGGAGUUUGUUUGCCAAACGAAGUUUGAAGAGUCUUAACGCUGAAUAUUUGCAUUCGCCGGUUUCUUACGGAACAUGUCUUUUAAUCGUGAUCCAGUCGCGUGUGAAUUCUUGCGGUUCUUGAUUCCCUCUCUUAGUGAUGCGCUGAUCUACCGCCGCGUGCGCCGGUCGGGGCAUGCGUGUGAUGCUGCUGCUGCUGCUGAUGCUGCUGCUGCUUGGACUUGGACGUGGACGCGAGCUUUUUGCAUGGAUCUCGGAUCUAUUCGUGUUUUUUCUCCUUGUGUGUUUUGUGUACUGUUUUUAAACUACUGCUGUAGUUCGUUCCGUUACGAAUGUGACACAUGCUUUCUCUCUCUCUCUCUCUCUCUCUCUCUUUUUCUUUCUUUCUCUUUCUCUUUUUGAACUGUUCUGAACACUGACCAAAUGUGUUUCGAUCUUUUGUGCCGAAUGUUUCUUUUCUACUCCUCCGCCUUUUUUUUUUCUACUUUCUAUUUUUUUUUUAUAAUGGCCUUCUUUCUUCUCCUCGCCUCUUUUCUGGCCUUUUUUUUCUCUCUCUCUUUCUUUUUUCUACCUCUACCUCUUCCUGAUACUGAUCUGUUUGCUCUCUCUCUCUCUCUCUUUUUUUUCUCUACUAUUUAUCAAGAAUAAUAAUGAUUAUUAUUAUUAUGAGAAAAAUGAAUAUUAUUAAUAACUAACUACUAUUAAGUGUUGGUCAAGAGGAAUGCUGUGUACUUGAAAUGUUUCUUAUCUUGUUUUAUAUCAUCAGUAAUAAACAUGCUUCUUGUAUUUAAA